UACUAAGCUUCCUGAUUCUCUGAAAAGUAACAAAAGUGGCUUCUACAAACGCUAAACAACUAGAGAGUUUUCUCCAAAACCUCGUUCGGAAGCCAUUGCUUCUCUUUUGACGCACUGCAAGUUUGUUUCAGACGAAACAUCCUUUUGCUAUUUACUUCACAAAGCUCGUGUUCCUCGCCAUCUCAUUCUCAAAUUACAUUAAAAGAGCCUCUUGUUUGUUUUUGGUCAUAGAUAGUCACCACUUUGGUGUAACUUAGGAUAAACAUGGCUCUUGUAUUACGGUUGAGAUAUUUAUUUGGAGGCAGGAGCGCCACUAUCGCUAGCAGUGGCUAUUUCCCACUUCUUCCAAUAAGGGAACUGAGUACAAAUUCACAACUCUUCAUUGGAGGGCUUUCUUACGAUACAAAUGAGCGAGUUUUAAAAGAUGCAUUCUCUCGUUACGGUGAAGUGCUUGAAGUUAAAGUGCUGGUUAAUCUAAAUACAGGACGGUCAAAGGGGUGUGGAAUUGUGCAAUUUGCUUCUGAAACAGAGGCAGAUAAUGCUCGAAAAGAAAUGGAUGGGGUGCAACUGGAUGGAAGAAAUAUUCGUGUGGAAUUUCCAAAUAGCAGACCACUUCGUAUUGGUGGAGCUCCCCAAGGUACUGCAAGACCACCUUCAAGUCUGAACAAAGAAACAUUUAUUGAAGGUUUGGAUGAUUGAGAAGGUUGACAUGUUUUAUUAUUGCAAAACACUACUGGCACAUAAUUCUUGGAUUGUGCUAGAGUGUGAUGUAGCAUUCAUCAUAUUAUUUCUAGUUUUAUUAUUGUCAGAGUGCAGGUAAUUUUCUGAUGUAAUAGGAAUGCAUCUUCAAGAUCAUCGACAUGAUUGUAUGCAAGUAGUAAUUUUAAGUGAAAAUGUCUACGAUUAAUGUAGAGAAAGUUUGAUUAAUUUCUGGUGCAAUAUAUUAUUGCAUUGCUCUGGUAUAUUUAUCUUUUACUUUGCAUAACCGUGAGGGAAUAGAACAUAUGCUGUAUGUGGGUGUGAACAAAUAACAUACUCAUUUAUCA